AUGACCGCCUUCUCCACCUCCUUUGGCCGUCUGCCAUCCAUGCGCAGGCGAGAGUCCAAGAACAAACCCGUCAAGCCCAUCGACGUCGAUGCUGCCCAGCA